GAAUUGACCACCUCAUGACUCUAUUCAUUCAUGCAGUUGGUUAGCGGAGGCACUGAGUUAGUUGGCAUGGAUAUUUUACAUACAUCAUUAUUUUAUCACCGUUGGAUUGCUGCAUUCAUUCUUGCCGUUCAUCAGCCCUUUCCUGUCUCUCUUCUUUUCAUGAUCAGCAAGUCGUCGUCUUUGAUCAUUCUUUCCGUUCUCAAUCUUCUUAACCUUCAUUCAUUCAUUCAUUCAUUCCUUCUUCAACUUCCAUUCUUCUUAUCAACCUCAACCAACAUCUUACCUACCUACUUACUACCUGACCUUUUCCUCCUGAUUUCUUUUUCUUUCAUUUCAUAAUUAUCCCUUCUCAAUCUACAACUCCACCCACCCACCGAACCCUCCUCCACCUCAUUCCCUACCAGAUGCAGUGUCGUUCUUCUUCCUUCUGUUGAGACUACACUUUUCGGCUUCGUCGACACUCGUUUCGGCCAUAUUGCUUUAUUAAUACUUUUACCUGCUCAGCUCACUUUAUCCCUGGAUAUCAUCCUCAGCUCUGCAAAGCUACGCACACUCGUGCUUUACGUUUCUCGUUCGACAUUUCGAUACACGCCCUUGCAACCGAUUACCAUUAUUUUGCAUCUUCAGCCUCACCAAACCCUACGGUUUCGAUUCGGCCGAAAGUCUUCCAAAUUCGAUCACCAUAUAUACUAAACGGUCGCUUCCUGGAACGACCUUUUUCAUUUUACAGUGCUGCUUUGACUUGUUCUCUUUCGAAUAAGCCAAUCCGCUUCAUAAUACUUGAUUUCAUCGACUUUAUUCUGCAUAACUAGUUGCUUUAGCAUUGUUAUACGGUCUGCUUUGACUCGUUGGAUUCUCGUGAUUUGACCGAUUUCCUGAAAAAUCAGCUCUGCUUUCUGUGAACCUGAGACUCGGAACGUCUGAGAUUCUUCAGUCGGAUCAUCCCCCAGCUUCACAGCUCUCCGUGCCUUACUCGGGCACAACCAGUUCUUCAAAACGGCUGUACUGUCGCACGUCGGGCGGGACUCGCUCGUCCCCCCUCAUCUGCUCGGUAUGCAAGACCUAAAUGGACUCGUUGGCCAGGGUGCCCCUAAUGGCCCUGCCAACCGCUUCGGGCAUGCCUCUAAGCCUUCCAACAGCGAUACUGGUUUCUCUCAUGGCGCCUUUAACUCCAACAUCUCUGGCUUCGCCGACCGACAUCCUCGACGAGGCAACAUCCCUUCGAUUAACACCCAGCCUCAGCCUAUGGUCCAGCAGGCUUCGAACAAUGGAGUGGACAUGACUACCCCGGGCACUGCAUUUGAUAUGCAGUUUACCCCCCUUUUGCCUUCUCAGCUGCUUCUCGGCAGCCCUUUCCAGCCCGGUACGCCGGCUGCUUUUGCCAGCCCUCAGUUUCAGAGCAUCCCCGGAUUUCAACAACAGCAGGGAAACAACCAGCAGCAGAAUGGCAUCUCCAGCCCUGUUCAGCAGACCAUUUCUCCUCAGUCGUACCAGGGAAUAGUGUCUCCGUCCACUUAUGGUGCCCCUCAAUUUUACCCUCCCCAGUCCCCUACUGGUGGUUUCGGUAUGCAGGCACCUCUGCCUCCUACCUCUCCCGUCUCGAUGGGAUCCGGUGUUGUUACAGGAACCAGCCGAACUGUUUACCUUGGCAACAUCCCUCCGGACACUGUGGCCGAGGAGAUUCUUGGCCAUGUUCGAAGUGGUCAAAUCGAGUCAGUUCGUCUUCUGCCCGACAAGAACUGUGCCUUCAUCUCGUUCCUUGACGCUAGCUCCGCCACUCACUUCCAUUCCGAUGCCAUCUUGAAAAAGCUCUGCAUCAAGGGCCAGGACAUCAAGAUUGGCUGGGGCAAGCCUUCCCAGGUCCCGACCUCGGUUGCUCUGGCUGUUCAACAAUCUGGAGCUUCACGAAACGUGUACUUGGGCAAUUUGCCGGAGGAAGUUAGUGAGGAGGAACUGCGCGAAGACCUGGGUAAGUUUGGUGCCAUUGACACAAUCAAGAUCGUCCGCGAGAAGAACAUUGCAUUUGUCCACUACCUCUCGAUUGCCAACGCCAUCAAGGCUGUCUCCCAGCUUCCUCAAGAGCCCAAGUGGCAGGCCCCUCGCCGCGUCUACUACGGAAAAGAUCGUUGUGCCUAUGUUUCCAAGACUCAACAGCAAAAUGCUGCUCAGUACCUGGGCAUUGCCCCUGGAUACGCCCACAUGCUCACAGGUGCCGACCGUGACUUGAUCUCGAAUGCUUUGGCUCAGCAAUCUGUUGCUGCUGCUGCCGUCGCUACGACUGCUGGAGGCAUCAACAACCUCGGUAACCGAACCAUCUAUCUUGGCAACAUCCACCCUGAGACGACCAUUGAGGAGAUUUGCAAUGUGGUUCGUGGAGGACUCCUUCAUCACAUCCGUUACAUUCCCGACAAGCACAUUUGCUUCGUUACCUUCAUCGAUCCCACCGCUGCCGCUUCGUUUUACGCUCUGAGUAACAUCCAGGGCCUCAUGAUCCACAACCGACGCCUCAAGAUUGGCUGGGGCAAGCACUCCGGAGCUCUUCCCCCUGCCAUCGCUCUGGCUGUGAGCGGUGGUGCCUCCCGAAACGUCUACAUUGGCAACCUUGACGAAACCUGGACCGAGGAGCGUCUACGACAGGACUUUUCCGAAUAUGGCGAGAUUGAGCUUGUCAACACUUUGCGUGAGAAGAGCUGUGCUUUUGUAAACUUCACCAACAUCGCCAACGCCAUUAAGGCGAUUGAGGCCAUCCGAGGCCGAGACGACUACAGGAAGUUCAAGGUCAACUUUGGCAAAGAUCGUUGCGGUAACCCUCCUCGUCAGAUGCAGCAGUCACAGUCUCCUCGUGGAGAUGGUGUGUCUUCUCCUCCACCUAACGGCUCUCAGAACAGCGGUUCUCCCACAAACGGCAACACGCCCCAGCAAUCAGCUGCUCUCUUCAAUGCCAACAGCAACCCUUUGACGAUGUAUUUGAACCAGGUGUCUCACCAGGCCCAGCAGCAACAACAUCACCAGCAACAGCAGAUCGCUGCUCAACAAAAUGCCCUGUUUGGUACCGCCCAGCCAUCUCCUAGCGAUCUCGAUCUCGCCAUGUCCCAGCAAGUGCCUGUUUCCGGCCAUGGACAGUCAGCGAGCAUUUCGAAUGGAUACCCCGCCAACAGUGCAGCGCCAGGUGCUACUACGAUUGGUGGCUUGCUAGCACCAGGUCGAGGUCAGCAUAGCAGGGCGGUCAGUCUUCCUGUACUUGCUCCUGGAUUUGAGAACGGUGGAAAUGUCUCCAAUGGUAUUCCCGGAGCUGAGACCGAGCAACGACGAGGUCAUCAUUACCAGGCAAGCUAUGGCGGCAUGGGUUCUGGAUUUGGCCUUGCUAUUCAAGGAGGCCUGAACGGUUGGGUUGAGGAGGAAGUUGCAAACUAAUGACGCUUGUGCAUCUUUAUGCUUUCACUCUCAUCACGAGCGAGAUUGAACGAAAAACUUGCUUAAACGUUGUAAUCGACGUCGCUUGUGGCGUCAUGCCCUUGAUUCUCGGGGCUUUACAGACCUUCAUUCUUUGAUUUCCCUUGUUCUUGAUAAUUUACCCCUUCGGUGUACCUUUUUUUGUAUUGCAAGUUGGUCUCGAUUUUUGAUGUUCUGCUCAUGAGAGGAAGAGAGCAUUCGGAAGAAAUGGGAUUUGUGAUUAAUACGCCCCCUUUGCAAAAGAUGGGAGCGCUCAUGGUUGAGACGAGACGCUGUUUGAACUGGAGAGGAUUCAGCAUGUGAUGGAUGGAUGAGAGGAUAUAUCACCCGCGUUUAUGUCUAUUACGGAGUCUCAGGUUAGGUUAGGCACUACAGUCUUGAACGCAGAUCAUAUGAUCACUUAACAAUAUGUCUAUUUAUAUUUGUGACAAUUUAGUUAUUCUACAUGGGUGGUGUCUUAUAUCUGUACCUAAUUCGUGUAUAGCUGUCGAUUUGAGGUAUUGUGGUCGUUGAGAGCAGAAUGUGAUUAGAGC